AUGGAUAAACCAGAUCGCAAUACGGAGUUGAUUGUUUCCACGGUCUUACUGACCGUCAUAGGCGGUGCGUUUGCUGUGGCUCGACUAUGGGUGCGAUAUGUCUCGUCGAAGGCGAGUGGUUGGGAUGACCAUUUCAUCGUUGCUGCGUUGGCUGCCAGUGUCGUAUCUCUGGCCUUGAGCAUAUGCAUGUACCAGAGUGGCUAUGGGAAGUCGAUGGCAAAGUUAAACCCCCAGCAGAAGAUCGAUGCCAACAAGUUCUCGAAUUUCGCAGUGCUGGAUAAUGGCUUUGCCAUGGCGUUUGUCAAACUUAGCAUCGGCUUCUCCCUGCUUCGACUGCAAUUGGGAAAGGGCAUGACAGCCAUUGUCUGGGUGUCCAUCGCUAUAUCUGUCAUCUGCAACAUGAUGGUGCUGGUAGGAAGUCUGUUUGGCUGCCGGCCCAUCCAGGGGAUCUGGAACAAAGGCAUACAAGCAGACUGCAACCCGCCAAUAGUCAACGUGGUGGCCUCUUACAUCCAGACAACCGGCAACAUCGUCACCGACCUGUUCUACUCUUUGGGCCCGAUCUACUACCUCCACACAGUCAAAGUCUCGAGAUAUAACAGAUGGGCACUUCGAGCUGUCUUCCUUGUUGAUGAUGGUGUGCUUAUCACGAUCUGGGCUCGGGCUGAGUUCAAUGCUGGUCUCAUCGCUUCCUCACUGCCACCACUGAAGGCACAAUUCGAACGCAUCCUGCGACAAUGGUUCCACGUGAAGUCAGGCCUCAACACCUCCACAGGAGGAACGCCAACCUAUGCACUACAGUCAUAUGGUCGGACUCGUCAGUCUAGACUCCCUGACGAUGAGUUUGGCAAGCAUGCGCCUGCGAUUCGCGUCCGGGAUCACGACGACGUUGAAAGUCUGGAAGAAGAAGAUCAGAGACACAUUCUCAAAGCACAACAACAAGGACGGACGGACAGCCAGAGUGGUAGCGAUGGAGCUGAUGACCGCGGAAACAACUGGAUCACUAAGAGCGUGGAGUAUACAAUCGCGCAUGAGGCCAGAUCAGUGAAGGAUCAUGCGAAGUGA